AGCCAGUAGAUAUCAGUGUUGUGUCCAAGUGUAACCCCUGCCUCUCCAAUCCAUGUAAGAACAAUGGGACAUGCAACAAUGAUCCAGUGGAGUUUUAUCAAUGCACUUGCCCUUUUGGCUUCAAGGGUCGAGACUGCAGUGUGCCUAUUAAUUCUUGCAUUCAAAAUCCAUGUCAGAAUGGAGGGACCUGCCACCUCACCGAGGCAAAUAAAGAUGGGUUCAGCUGUUCUUGUCCCCUUGGAUAUGAGGGGGAGAGGUGUGAAAUAAACCCAGAUGACUGCGAAGAUAAUGACUGCGAGAAUAACUCUACAUGUGUGGAUGGGAUCAACAACUACGUCUGUCUCUGCCCUCCUAAUUACACAGAGGUGGAGAAGCAAAGGCUGUAUAAGAAACUGUAG